AUGAAUUGUAAUGAACCAGAUGGAAAGGAGAUUACAUUCUUACGUGUUUUGUUAAAUAAUUGUCAAGAGGCAUUUGAAGGUGCUGACAAACUAAGGUCAGAAUUAAAACAGAUGAAUGCCCCUGAAAAAGGAUAUGAAAGUAGUGACAAAGAACGAAUGAUUAAAAUUCACACACUUGGAAACAUCAAACUUAUUAGUGAGAUUUUGAAGCGGAAAAUGGUCCCUGGAAAGAUCGUGCAUCACAUUGUUCAGCUUGGGUGCAUCAAUGAGUAUUUUCAGUUCACAAAUUCUCUACGAAGAGAAGAUCAUAGAUCAGAAUUGUUAUUAGAUGGACUUGCAGGGUUAAGCACUAAACAUGGGCAUCUAUGUUUUUAUGGAAAUUGUGUUGUCUGCAAAGCAGAUGAUAGUUAUGCAACUGCUUUAAGGUCCUCUGAUGCUUCCAAAGGUUUUUAUGGAGCACAAUGCGUUGGUUUUUAUGGAAAAAUAUGUGCUUGGAAAUUUGUUGCCCUCAUGCUUGAAGGGAUGGGUUCAUCUGCAGAUGUAGAUACUGUGAGCAAGGAUGGGUUCAUCAGCACAAAUCUUGUUUACAGUGAGGCACAGAUUAGACAUGCAUCACGUCAUGACCAAGGGGUGUCACGUCAUGAGCUCAUGCUUCUUCGCAAUUCAAGACCGAUCAGUUCCUUCUUCAUGUCGUGA